GGUACCUAUUAGCGAUAUAAUAAGAUCUCUGGUAAGUUUUACUCCAGCUUGGGUACCAUAAUGAAAAUUUUUUUAGUUGUAUUAGCAAUUGUUUCACUCGCACAGCUAGCUUUAUCUCUAGAUAUAAAUUUACUAAAUUCCACAUGCUAUGGUUAUAAACAAAGGUUGCUCGAAUUUGAUUUCUAUCUUCAUACCAUUCGUACCGCGAUCAACAGUUCUCUUGAAGUUAACGAAACUCCUGUGACAGGGCUUGCACGUCAAUUCCCUCCAUAUAGUUUUGGCUAUACUUUUGCUUUCAGUCGCAAGCUAACCUCAAGUUUUGAGUAUACGUCUCCAGAAAUCGGUCGCAUGGAAGGAUACACUGCAGUUCCCAGCGCAGGCCAGGAAUUUACUCAGGCCGAUUUUAAUUUCACCACACCAGCUUCUGGAUAUUUUACUGUGGCAGGGUAUACAGAUUUUACACGGUUAACGAACAAAUACAUUGUGAAUGGAGGCAUUGGAGAUUUUGCAUACUCAAUUGGACAAGUGAUUGUCACCACUGCAUUUAACUACACAGGCAACAACUUUGUGUUUCUAUGCAAAGCCUCACUUACUGUCCUCAAGCUUUGUUAGAAGAAUAAGUAAUAAAAUCAAGAAAAGUGUAACUGUAUUCUUAUUA